CAGAGUAGGAAAGAGUUCAAGUUGAAGUACUACGAUUAAUAUUUAUUAUCUCUCUCUCUCUCUCUCUCUCUCUCUCUCUCUCUCUGGAUUUUGUCAUUUUGUUACUUUGAAGAAGAAGAAAGAAGAAGAAAAUGGCGAAGGAGCUUCUUCUCCAACUCCGAGUGCUGCUGCUUCUUCUUCCUGAACAACGCUGUCGUUUUGCAAUUUCUCUUCUACCUCACUUCGUCGCAUUCUCUCUCUGAACCCUUUUCUUUCUCUCCUUCCUUUGGAUCCAUUCAACUUCUUUCUCAGAUUUACGGUGCAUUCUGUUAAGUUUUCGGCAUUGUAGUGGAAAGUUUGUACCCAGGAGAAGGAAUUAUCUUAUUAUUAACUGAUGACAUGGAGCAGUAUGAUAUACUUGAGCAAAUUGGCAAAGGUGCUUUCGGUUCUGCGCUUCUCGUGAGACAUAAGCAUGAGAAGAAAAAAUAUGUACUCAAGAAGAUUCGCCUUGCACGCCAAACGGAGCGAACUCGUAGAUCUGCACACCAGGAGAUGGAGCUUAUUUCUAAAUUUCGAAACCCAUUUAUUGUGGAGUAUAAAGAUUCAUGGGUAGAAAAGGGUUGCUAUGUCUGCAUUAUCAUAGGUUACUGUGAGGGUGGGGAUAUGGCGGAAGCUAUAAAGAAAGCUAAUGGUUUGCUGUUCCCAGAGGAGAAACUCUGUAAGUGGCUUGUUCAACUUCUUAUGGCACUUGACUAUUUGCACAUGAACCACAUUCUUCAUCGUGAUGUCAAGUGUUCAAAUAUAUUCUUGACAAAAGAUCAAGACAUACGUCUCGGUGAUUUUGGACUUGCCAAAAUGUUGACUUCUGAUGAUCUUGCUUCCUCUGUUGUUGGAACUCCUAGCUACAUGUGCCCCGAGCUCCUAGCUGAUAUACCUUAUGGUUCCAAAUCGGAUAUUUGGUCCCUGGGAUGUUGUAUAUAUGAAAUGACAUCACUCAAGCCUGCAUUUAAAGCAUUUGAUAUACAAGCAUUGAUUAACAAGAUUAAUAGGUCCAUAGUGGCUCCAUUACCAACGAAAUAUUCUGGUUCAUUUCGAAGUCUUGUUAAAAGCAUGCUGCGGAAAAAUCCAGAGCUUAGGCCCAGUGCUGCAGAGCUGCUUGGGCACCCACAUCUUCAACCAUAUGUUCUUAAGAUUCAUCUCAAAAUUAAUAGCCCCAGGCAAAAUUCAUUACCAGUCCAAUGGCCAGAAUCCAAGUACAUGAAGAAAACCAGAUUCUUGGAGCGGAAAGAUGAACAUGUUUCUAUCUAUAGGGAUAAAAGGCGUUCUUUUAGCAAUGAUCGGACUCUAAACCCUAGUGUUUCUGGAGCUGAUCAAGAUUCUGUAUGUUCCACCCUAGAAAUAGAUUGUACUCCUGAUGAUUUAAAUCAGAGGUUAGCAGAGUUGAGUGUCAGAGGUAGCCAUGGAAUGAAGUCAAUCCAUAAGCCUGUUCUCUCCAGAACUUCUAGUAUGGCUAAGAUUCCCAGGAUCAGUCAUGCAAAACUUUCUUCUACCAACAAGAAAUUAAUGGAACCCACAAAGGAUCUUAAGGCAGGAAGGCAAUCUCUUCCUGCUUCAAACAAUUCCACAAAAUCUACCCAAACAAAUCGCAGAGCAUCCUUUCCACUGCCAUCAAAGGGUACUCAGAAGCCUCCUCACAGGCCUAGUAGUAUUGGUUUGCUUAGCCAUGUAUCUUCACCAGAUAUUUCAGUCAACUCUCCCCGAAUUGAUAAGAUAGCUGAAUUCCCAUUAGCAUCAUAUGAAGAUCCACUGUUCCGAUUCAACAGAUCAUCAACUGUGAUUGACAAAUGCACAAUAGAUGUAUAUGAUAAAGCCUCUGUUAGGGCUUGUAAUGCUGAUACUUGGCAAGGAAUCAAGCGCAGCAUGUUGAAGGAAAACGACGAGGACAAAAAAAGUGGUUCAUCUGAUCAAAAUGCAACAGCAGGUGCAUCGAGUCACACCUCUUCGGAUCUGCGCCGCCGACAGUUUGAUACUUCAUCGUACCAACAGAGGGCCGAAGCCUUGGAAGGGCUGCUUGAAUUCAGUGCAAGAUUGCUGCAGCAGGCAAGGUAUGAUGAACUCGGGGUUUUGUUGAAACCAUUUGGGCCUGAGAAGGUUUCCCCAAGGGAAACUGCAAUCUGGUUGAGUAAGAGCUUCAAAGAGAACACAUUCAACCCUGAAGAAUCCCCGUAAAAUUGCCGUAUAUGCACUCUAAUCAUGUUUGUAGUGUUCAGUGCAUCUUUUCUCACACGGGAGCCUAUUUAGCGGUUUAGCCAGUUGAGUUUUUGUAGAAAUUCGCAUAUCCUCUGUUUAGCCUUUUUUUUUCUUUUUUUUGUGAAAGAGUUAAUGAUGAUUAGAAGUGAUGAAUGAAGCAGACGAUAGAUAUUUCAUGGUAACAUUACUUGUGGAA